AUGUCCAGCUUGCCUCCACAUCGUCGCGCAUCAUCACAGGAUUCCAUCGGUGCAGUGCUCUCGCAGGCUCCCAAGUUCCCACCACCGAGACCCGGAUCUGGUCCAGGAAACGCAUCGCCAACGCGAAAACCGCUGCAUGAGCGCUCCCACUCGCAGACCAAUCAGCAUUCCAAUUCAACAAUUCGCAUAGUGCAGGACAAUGAUACCGAUGUCUACUCAAAAUACCCGGUCCCCAGUGAACCAUCGCAGAUUCUGGCCCCCCCUCGCAAUGCCCCAGGCUAUGGGUUUGAGAGGCCAGGAUCUCGUGUUUCAAGUGCUGGCAGCCAGGUCGCCAGCACCAUCGCCAAAUUCGAAGCCACGCGAGCCAGAACACCACAGCCGAUCCUCUCGCGCAAGAAGGGCUUCCGACACUCAGCCUCCACCAGCACGUCAGAGGCAGACACGCUCGUCAACACUUCCUUCUCCCCUGCCUCGUUGCGAUUCUCCCAAGGAAGUACACCCCCGUCCUCUCCCACGCCAGAGCCCAAGAACAAAGACAAGGACAAGGACAAAGACUGGGACAAGGGUUUGGAGGUAUUGCCCGAGGAAUCAGCCACACCUCAUCGGAGACCUACAAUCCGUGCCGUUCCCCCAUCCUCUUCGGGUGGAGACUCCCUGGAGAGCCGCAAUCGUGCAUUAACGCCCAAGGCCGCCGCUGCUUCGCCCGUUCCUGCCGCCGACCAAGCCGAAAAUAGCAAUACCGGAAACCUGUCAAGUGUCACCCACGGAGAGAGACCAUCCUCUGUCUGUGAACAAGACUCGGAUUCUCGAGAUCGAGAACACGCCCUGAGACCACAGACCUCUUGUGCCUCCAUAGCCUUCUCGGAAAUCUCCUACACCAGCAUCGACCCCACCUACCCACCGCUCACCCAUCCGCCCCCGACUCUUCAUGAAGCGCACACGGUCAGAUUCGCCAACGGAACCCGAAUCGAUUAUCCCAUUCUCUCAACUGUCAACCAUCCAGUCCAUGUCGGAUCGUGA